AGACUAGAGUCUGUGUUAAGCGGUGACAUCUUGCCCCGUGGUAUCAUGGGAGUUGGAGUCAGAAUGGAUUCAGUACUUCCUGCUUUGACGAGGAACACCAAGAAAUUCCGGCUGUUCACUAAAAAGUUGUUUUCCUGCCAAACAGUUUCACCUCGAAGAGGCAGAAGUGGACACAGAGACAGAAUGUCUUUGAUGGAGCGUGGGGUAGUUCGGCCAGUUACGGCAGUGGCGUGGACCUCCAACUCCAGCACCUGCCCCAAAGAUUUCACUCUGAUCAGCAUCACAGAAGACGGAGCAGCAGCGAACUUCACACGCAGCUUUGCGAUGAAGUCUGGAUAUUACCUCUGUUAUAGCAAGGACCUGAACGGUGGUAUGGUGGUGUCAGACAUCCAGCUUCUUUCAGACAAGGACUCUAUUCCUCAUGGUUUCUGCUAUAUAGCCGAGCACCUCGAAGCAAAGGCCUCUGUUUGGAAGAAGAAACGGGUGUGUGUACGCGUCGUCCCAGUGGGCAGUGUGGACACAGCUGUGUUGGAUAUCAAAGUGACAGCCAAAAGCAAAAUGAUGUUGCAGCACUACACAUAUGUCGGAGACGUCCAUGGCUACGUGUUGUGGUGCAGAAAGGGACAUUUUUCCAGCCCCAUGCCACAAGCAAAGCCCCGCAGUGUCACCCUGGACAUCCGCAGACUCUCACUGGAUAAUCCAUUUGCUCCUCUGCCCCUUAGACCCAGCAACGCCCCUCCUCCAGUGCCACAAAAUAAACUGAGUCAGAGACGCCACACCCUCCACACUGUGGACAACUCUGACAAACCUGCUGACAGCAGUUUGCAAGGAAUCACAGCUCUGGAUGGAGUUCCCUUUAGUCUUCACCCAAAGUUUGAGAUCAAGGCAAACGGCACGACUCUUCAAUUAAACAACAUUCGUAUAAAGUCUCUCCAAGACAUUGAAAAUGAGUAUAACUACACUUUUGCGGUGGAGGAAUCUGCUGCCAAGAGAACCAGACCAUCAGUGGCAGCAGGAGACGCCCUGUCAGCUCAGUGACCUUUGAACUUUGACAAAGCAACAGUAUCAGACUUGUGUGUUUUGCUCUGUCCAAAGGCGUUUAGCAUCACGGUACAGACGAAGGAUGAUCACGCCUACAUGUACAUGUAGGUUUAGGCUUCAAGUGGAAAUUGGAAAUUGAUCAUAUCCGUUAAUUAAAAGGGGCGCUACCCUUCUACAUGAGACUGAUCAUACUUCUGACAGUUUUGUUUUCCUUUUUAUUUGUCUAUCAUGGGAAGUCUCUAAUCCAUUACCAUCUUCAAGCAUUCUUAAGCUUCUAUUUGCCAAAGGAAAGGCCUGUUUGCAUUUGUUAUGUUGUCUUAUCAUGUCUUUAGACUGUUACAGGGUUAAAGAUGUUAUGAAUCUACAAAUCUGUAGAGUAUCUGCUGUUCGGGACUACUCAUCUGCAGCAUUAAGCCCAACUCUAACAUGCUCAAAUUUCAAAAUUUUGACUAAUUGUUUGCUAAAAAAAUGCUUUAUUAUAUCACAAAGACGCACUUGCCAUUGAAGAUGUGUGCUAAUUGCUCUGUUGUAUGUUACCUGAGAUCCUUGAGUGCAUCUUUAAUCCUUUGAAUCGUGAAGAAUUUAUAAGGCAGAGCUGUAAUAUUGAGCUUUGGUGGAUGAACUUUGCUGCAGAUGUUAAACUGAACUCACUACAAACGUAAAUGUAGGAUAUAGUGUAUGUCUUGUAUGAAGAGUAUUCUACUACUACAGUUUGUAUUAUUCCAAAAAAUAAUAAUAUAUCCUAUUUUAGGGUGAAUGGAGGAAGGUUGUAUAUUUAGCUCUGUGUGUUGGUCAUACUUAAACAAGAUAUGUGGGGGUAAAGGGAUAGAAUCUGUUUUUACUAUCAGGCGGAAUAAGGACCAAAUAUUUAUCUUUUUUCAUUGUACAAUAUAUAAAGUUAUGUUUUGUUGUUUUUAUGGUGUAUAGCAAAUGUUUAUUGCAUGGAAAAAAUAAUAAAAACCUAAGAAACCA